AGACUUCAGUUUGACAAAAUUUUCCAUAGUUAGAAAGACAAAGGUAACGCUUCUUGGAUGGAGAGGGAAACGCCUAAAACACCAACACCGACACCAUAUACCAACAUUUAUGCGGCUUUGAACAAUAAGAAAACAAAUGAUGAGGUUGCUUCGAAGGUUACGGAAGAACUGAACAAAUUGAAGAUUGCUGAAGAAAAAGAUAAUAAGAUUGUGUCACGUGAAAAACCAGAGAUGAUGAGUUUGAAUACUUUAGUGGAAAUGUGUAGUGCAGGAGAGAAACCGACAAAGGGAAAAAGUGAAAAAGAUAUAAGAAAGAAAAAGGCUCCAGUGUUGGUUGAUGACAAUCAGUCGUAUGUUAUGAUUGGACCACCAAGUGAACCAGUGGAACCACCUGCAACACUGUCAACUGAAACAUCUAAAACCAACGCAAUCGAGGAAUCAACAGUCAAACGAAGUGAAGCAUUGUCAGCCUACAUUGGAGUUGCUACACUCAAUGACGCUGAAAAUCAUUUGACUCGUCGUGGAGAGUUUGCACUUUAUCACUUAUUCAAUCCAAAUGGACGCCUUGAUACAAUCACUGAGAAGCUUCCAUUGAUGAUUGUCUACCGUACCACAACAAAAAAGAAUCGUCACUACUCGAUCCGUACUACUUGUGAUCAACAAUUCUUUGUCGAUUGUGGAUAUCCUAAUGUUCGAAAACAUUAUUCGCUAAAUCAUCUGGUCAAGUUCUACAAAACAUCAGCAACUUGUGAGAUCAAUCCGUAUGACACUUCAGCAGACUCAUUUUCUUGGUGGCUUGAAUAGAAGAUCAGAUGAGUAAACAAGUGGAUUCAAUGAUCUUUGAACUUUUUCUUUGAAUCUAAAUGAAAUUCAUUUUUAUCAUG